UGUCAUUGCAGUGGCAACGUCGUUGAUGACUGGAGGUUUAUCAGCACAAAGCGUAGAUAAACUUAAAUAAAAAACAUAUAAACAUGGAUCUCAACAUGAAACCUUCUCUAGCUGCCGACGAAAUGUUUUCCGAAGGUCCUGGCUAUAUGGAAAUGGACGAGUCCGGCGGAGCUACAGGAAUGAUGAUGGAUCACCUGCCCUCAAACGAUAAGCACGUUCACGCCGACUUUUAUAAUGAUUUUGAUGAUUUGUUCGACGAUGAUAACUGGGCCAAGAUGAAACCCGAUUCCAAACAGUAGAUUUACACAGGAUCGACCAAAACAUAUUGAGCAGAUUGAAAAUUCAAUGUCUGUAGUUCGUUCUUCUGUCUGUAAUUUUACUUGCACAAUCAUCAGCGACUGGUGUAUAAAAAAUUGAUUCAACUAUUGUUUAA